AUGUGCGCCGCCCCGAUGCCGCCCCUGGCGCACAUCUUCCGAGGGACAUUCAUCCACUCCACCUGGACUAACCCCAUGGAGGUGCUACGGGACCACCUCCUCGGCGUGAGCGACAGCGGCAAAAUAGUGUUUUUAGAAGAAGCAUCUCAACAGGAAAAGCUGGCCAAAGAAUGGUGCUUCCGGCCGUGCGAAGUAAGAGAACUGAGCAACCACUUGACUUUCAUUAGUUAUGAUUUAGCUGCAAGUGAGGUCUUCGGUGGAGAACCGAGUUCUAAUCCCGACCAGGCCACCACUAACAAGAUGCAUAGGAGAACACUAAAGAAUGGAACAACCACGGCUUGUUACUUUGGAACAAUUCACACUGACUCAUCCCUGCUCCUUGCAGAAAUUACAGAUAAAUUCGGGCAGCGGGCAUUUGUGGGCAAAGUCUGCAUGGAUUUGAAUGUUACUGUUCCCGAAUACAAGGAGACCACUGAGGUGUCAAUCGAGGAGACAGAGAGAUUUGUGUCGAGAAUGCUCCAAAAGAACUAUUCUAGAGUGAAGCCCAUAGUGACACCACGUUUUUCCCUUUCCUGCUCUGAGACUUUGUUGGGUAAACUGGGAAACCUCGCGAAGACCCAUAAUUUGCACAUUCAGAGCCACAUAAGUGAGAACACCAGUGAAGUAGCAGCUGUGAAGAACUUAUUUCCCGAUUAUAAAAACUACACAGAUGUGUAUGAUAGGAACAAUCUUCUGACAAAUAAGACAGUGAUGGCGCAUGGCUGCUACCUUUCCGCCGAGGAACUCAAGGUGUUCAGGGAGCGGGGAGCGGCGCUCUCACACUGCCCCAAUUCUAACCUAUCGCUCAGCAGCGGCUUUCUCAAUGUCCUUGAAGUCAUGAAACACAAAGUGAAAAUAGGGCUUGGUACAGAUGUGGCCGGUGGUUAUUCAUCUUCCAUGCUUGAUGCAAUCAGAAGAGCAGUGAUGGUUUCCAAUAUACUUUUAAUUAAUAAGAUAAAUGAGAAAAGCCUCAGCCUCAAAGAGGCCUUCAGACUAGCUACUCUUGGAGGCAGUCAAGCCCUGGGGCUGGAAAAAGAGAUUGGAAACUUUGAAGUGGGCAAGGAAUUUGAUGCCCUCCUGAUCAACCCCAAAGCGUCUGACUCUCCCAUUGACUUGUUUUCUGGGGAUUUUUUUGGUGAUCCGUCGGAAGCUGUUAUCCAGAAGUUCCUCUAUGUAGGAGAUGACCGAAAUAUUGAAGAAGUUUACGUGGGCGGAAAGCAGGUGGUACCCUUUUCAAGCUCAGUGUAA